UCAACAACCUUCACUCAAUUUCAAAAUUGUGAAUUUAGAAUUUACUAGAUACUUCGAAAUUUAGCAUAUAAGCCAUGUUCAAGCUAAUAAUGUAUUUCAAGUCGCGAUCGAAGAAAUUGGGCGUGAGAUGCUAUCAAAGUCAUGCCACAAGUUCACCAGCCAAGUCGGAUGGCAGCCGGGGCAGAUUCCGAUUCGUUGGCUGCGAUAUUGGUGACCAAAAUAUGUGGCGACCCCGUCCACGCCAGCUGCACAUCAAUCGGUUUCCCUCGUCCAAGGCCGACUCGAAGGCGAUCCUCGAAAGGGGCGACUGGGUGAUGGACGAGGGGCCAACGCUGCGCUGGGGCAUCGCACCCGUCAGCCUGAUGGCGGAUGACUUUGCCGCGGCGCUGAGUGUCCUGCCCGAGCAGCACCAUCGCAUCGUGUCCUGCGUGGCUGCCUAUCAGUCGCACGCGCUCGCCUUCGCCGAGCGCCAUCAGGUGGAGAACGUGUACACCAGCUUCGAGGAUCUGGCCAAGUGCCCAAAUGUCGAUGUAGUGUACAUUUCUCCCCUGAAUCCCCAACACUCGGAGCUGUGCCAUUUGAUGUUGAACCACGACAAGCACGUCCUGUGCGAAAAGCCGCUCUGCAUGACGGAGGAGCAGGUGACCAAGCUGCUGGAGAAGGCGCGGGCGCGCGGUCUGUUCCUUAUGGAGGGAAUGUGGCCCAGAUGCGUGCCCGCCUAUCAUUACCUGCGGCAUCAGAUCCUGCGAAACCGUUUGGGAGAGAUCAAGCAAGUCCAUUGCACUUUGGGCUUGCCCGUUUCGCAGGGGAGACUAGGACUCUACGGCGGAGUCACCAAUGAUUUCGGUGUCUACGGUAUGCAGCUGGCAUUGUGGGUGUUUCGAGAAGUACCACGCUGCCUCAAGGUCAGUGGUAGGGUCAACUCGGAGCACGUGGACGUGUCCGCCGACAUUGAACUGUGCUUCACGCGCGGCAAGAGGGCCCUCAUCGAAGUUAGCUCCGAAAAGAAGCUCAGCAACCAGGCUGUUAUUCAAGGCAAGGAUGGUUCCAUUAAGAUGAACAAUUACUGGUGUCCAACGCGUCUGAUCACCGAGGAGGUGGAUUAUGAGUUCCCGCUCCCGGGUGGCGAUCAGAUGCCACCCACCCACUACCACAAUCGACUGGGCAUGUGCUACGAGGCGGAGGAAGUGCGCAACUGCAUUCUGAAGGGCAGCACGGAGAGCGAUGACUUCAGUCACAAGGAGAGCCUGCUGCUGGCCAAUCUGAUGGACACCAUCCACGUCGAACUGGGAGUCGGUGAAUUCGCCAAUCGCAACGAAGUUUCAGAUCUGCAGAAGCAGAUCGAGAAUGUGCAGGAUAUAGUCAAGGAUCCCGAGGAGCUGGCCAGCGAGACGUGCCGGGUGGUGGAGGAUGUCAGCAUGGGUGGAAGUCUGGAAAUCAAUCGGCAGGAGGUGAAAGACCAGGUCAAAGGUCAUUGAUUGAAAUUGAAAUUUAGGGUGUGCCAUGCUUGCGGAAGACACUAAUCUUAUCACCGGAUUAUAAUGUUUUUAAAGAAAUCGACAAUGCUCAACGAGUGAAAAUAAAACGAAUCGCUCUGCU